UUUGAAUUUUUAGACGGUAAUCCAUGUUAUGAUCGAGAGACAUUAGCGCCACAACGAUGUGUUCCUGACUUCAUCAAUGCUGCAUUCAACCUCGAAGUUGAGGUGACAAAUACAUGUGGCGUACGAUAUCCCACUAAAUUCUGUGUCCAAUCGGGUCAUUCGGGUUUACGAAGCGAAUGCGAUACAUGUGAUGCUCGACAUCCGGCGUUUGAACAUCCGGCACGUUUUCUUACGGAUUUCAAUAAUGCCAACAAUGAGACGUGGUGGCAGUCGGAAACCAUGAAUGAGAAUAUGCAGUAUCCAAACAGUGUGAAUCUCACUCUUACUCUUGGAAAGUCUUUCGAUAUCACAUAUGUGCGGCUAAAAUUCAUUUCACCUCGACCAGAGUCAUUUGCCAUCUACAAAAAGACGUCAUUAGAAGAUGAAUGGGAACCAUGGCAAUAUUAUUCUGGCUCAUGUCGUGCCACAUAUGGUCUUCCAGACAAAGCCCCAAUACUUCCGGGUAACGAGGCUGUUGCUCAGUGCACGAAGGAAUUCUCUGACAUUUCGCCGAUAACCGGAGGAAAUAUCGCGUUCUCGACUCUUGAAGGGAGACCCUCGGCUCAUGCCUUUGAAGACAGCGAAGUUUUGCAGCAAUGGGUAACGGCCUCCGCUAUUAGAAUUGUCUUAAAUCGAAUGAACACCUUCGGAGACGAAGUAUUUGGUGAUCCGCAAGUGUUGCGAAGUUAUUACUACGCCAUUUCCGACUUUGCAGUCGGAGGACGAUGCAAGUGUAACGGCCAUGCAUCCGAAUGUGUUCAGUCGUCUAGUAUGGACGGUGAGAAUAGACUGGUUUGUCGCUGUGAACACAACACUCAGGGUGCUGACUGUGAUGAGUGUUUACCUUUCUACAAUGAUCGACCUUGGCGUCCUGGAACUGCCAGUGAAGCCAACGAGUGCAUUGCUUGUAACUGCUCUCAACUCUCCAAUCGCUGUUUCUUCGAUCACGAGCUGUUCGAGAAAACCGGCCACGGUGGACAUUGUAUUGACUGUCAGGGAAAUACACACAUUGGUUCAUUGUCGCAACAGUGUGAUAACACGGGUCAAUGUCACUGUAAACCCGGAGUUGGCGGACGCUACUGUGAUCAAUGUAUGGAUGGAUUCUUCGAUUUUGGACCAAAUGGAUGCAAAGACUGUGGUUGUGAGCUUGCUGGUUCACAUGCUAAUCAUCCCCAUUGCGAUGUGGUCACUGGCACAUGUCUUUGUAAAGAAAAGUGGUCCGCUCAGUCUCAUUACGGGUUUGUGGAUGCUCAGUGGGCUGAGUUAGAUCAUGCAUUAGCGGCGUCCAGUGCGGAUGAAGGACCAGUUCAUUUUUUGGCUCCUGAACAAUUUAGUGGUGACCAACGCAGUUCCUAUAAUCAGCUACUAACAUUUGAUCUACGCGUUACUAAACAAGGUGCUAGACCGAGCGUAAAAGAUGUAGUGAUUGUUGGUGGUGAUGGACAGGAGUUGUCAGUACCAAUUUUCGCUCAAGAUAACCCAACACCAGGACUAGAAACUCAAUCAUAUCGAUUCCGUAUUCAUGCGGAUCCCCAAUUUCAAUGGCAUCCUCGUCUUAAUGAGUUGGACUUCAUCGGUAUUUUGUCGAAUGUUACAGCACUCAAAAUUAGAGGAACGUAUUCUUAUCAAGAUGUUGGUUUUCUAUCGAAUGUAAAACUUGGCACCGCUGGACUGGCACCAUCGUCUGUUCCUCGAGCAGCCAACUGGAUUGAGCAUUGCGAAUGUCUCAGCGGUUUCGUGGGUCAGUUCUGUGAGUCUUGUGCACCGGGUUAUAGACGUGAACUCAAAUACGGAGGACCAUUCAAUCGGUGCAUCAAAUGUGACUGUCAUGGUGCGUGCAUUUGUGAACAUAACACCGCAGGUGACACAUGCGAGCGAUGUGCUCGAGGAUACUAUGGAAAUGCAUUGACCGGUACUGAGACAGAUUGCGAGAAAUGUCCCUGCCCUGAGGACGGGCCAUGUAUUCUUCAUACCGAUGGCGAUAUAUUGUGCACAGAAUGCCCAAUAGGUUAUACUGGGCGGAGAUGUGAUGAGUGUUCGGAUGGUUAUUUCGGAAAUCCAAAAGAUGGAAUCCCGUGUAAAGAAUGUGAAUGUUCGGGUAACAUAGACCAGAACUCUAUCGGAAAUUGUGAUAAAGUUACUGGCGAAUGCAAAAAAUGUGUUUACAAUACACACGGAUUCCAUUGUGAGAAGUGUAAGCCAGGAUACUGGGGAGAUGCACUUUUGGAACCGAAAGGCAAUUGCAAAGCUUGCGGGUGCUUUGCACCCGGGACUCGUCGACCGACACAUGACUACGUUGUUUUGGAGUGCUCUCAGGAUAACGGCCAAUGCGACUGCCUUCCACAUAUCAUGGGGUUCCGCUGCGAUCAGCCUGAGUAUGGUUUCUUCAACAUUAGUUCUGGCAUUGGUGGUCAACCUUGUGGUUGUGAUCUCCUUGGAUCGGAGGAUGCCACUUGUGACAUUGUUACAGGUCGAUGUAAAUGUAAGCCAGGUGUUACUGGAAGACAGUGUAAUGAGUGUGCUCCAUACCACUUUGGUUUCGGUCCCAAAGGGUGUCAACCAUGUGACUGUGAAGUGAUCGGAAGUGAAAGUCUACAGUGUGAUGUUACCAGCGGUCAAUGUCUUUGUCGUGAUCACAUUGAGGGACGGCGUUGUGAUCAAUGCGUGGAAAACCGGUACGACAUCAAUUCUGGAUGUCUUCCAUGUGACGACUGCUACACCUUGAUUCAGACGCGAGUGAAUGCAUUCCGUGAAAGUGUGAAACAACUUGACAACACUUUGAAGGAGAUAAUAGAGAACCCUGCACCGGUCAACGACACCGCAUUCGAUGACCGUGUGAAGCAAGUUAGCGAAGAUGUUCAAAAAUUGUCCGAGAGUGUAACCCAGAGGCUAGGUUGGACUCCGUUCUUGUUUCAGUGGCAGAAUGAUAUUGCUGAUGCUUUGGUGAAUGUAAAGAGUGUAGACGAAAUGAUGAAUACAGCUAGAGGAAAAGUAGAGCAGACGGAAGUUGGACUCCAACGAUGGAAGAUAAUUAAUGAGCAAGCCAGGAGUGAAUUGGAAAACGCUUUACACUAUCUGGAUACUGAGGGCAAGACGCAGUGGGAAUUGGCUAAGGAGGCAAGCAAAAAAUACGGAGAGCAAAGCCAGCAAAUGUCAAUUUUGGCUCAAAAAACUCGUGAGGAGGCUGUUAGGCAUGAACAACAGUCAAAGGAGAUUGAGAGGCUUGCUGAGGAGGCGAACAUGAAUGCCAAAAAGGCGCACAAAGAGGCUCGGGAUGCUAUUUAUGGUGGUGAACAAAUUUCGCAACAAAUCGCUGAAAUGAGGGAGCGGCAGUCACAACUGAAUGAAACACUGAGAAGGACUCUAGAAUUGGCUGAAGAGCAGAAGAAUGCUGCAACAGCCGCUAAUCAGGCGGCAGCUGAAGCCUUGACUUCUGUGGAGAGUCUGCGCCUUCCGACUUUUGAUCCUCAGAAGCUAAAAGACGAAGCAAAAGAUAUCAAUGCCGAAGCAAUGUUGGCCAUUGAGAAUACAAGGAAGGAGGCUGAGAACAGCAAAGACACGUUAGAACAGGCUGCCCGAGCUGCUGCUGAGGCAAGAAAUGAGUUGCAAAGCGUUGAAGAUCAACAACAGGUCCGAUUUAAUUAUGUUGGGUUUUGUUGGCCGGAAAUGAUCAGUAGCAGUGCGUUAGUUAAGAUCUCUGAUGCCCUACUCGCUGACGUUGAUGCUGCAAGAGCACGAGCAGACGAUGCUUUGAAAAUGGCUGAAAAUACACUGAAGGACGCUGAGAGAACACUUGAAACUCUGAAUGAAUUCAACGAACGAGUGGAAAAAUCAAAAGCGGCUGCAAUUGAACAGUUAAAUAAGUUGGAUGAAAUUAAUGCUGCUAUCAAAAAAGCCGAAAUGGUAACUGCUGAUGCAGAAAAUGCUAUUGGCUCGGCAGCCGCUGAUGCGGAACAAGCAAGAGAACUGGCCCGUCAGGCUGGCGAGGAUGCAAAAAUUGUUAAUGCGAAGGCAAAAGCAUUCCAAAACUUGACGUUGCAAACGCGUAAGUCUGCUGAAGCGUUAAAUGUUGAUGUCGAUCAACUUAUUGAGGAAUUGGUUGAGACAAACUCCACUUUGGACAGCUACAAAACCCAAGCUGAAGCUGACAAACAAAUGGCAACCGAAGCUGUCCGCAAAGCAUCAUUGGCUGAGAAAGCUGCACGUGAUGCUAAUGCCACCAUUGCUGAAGAAGCUGGCCAGAUCAAGAAAAUCAUUGAUCGACUGAAUGCACUGGAAUCGGUAAACAACGCUGAGCUAGAUGAGUUGGAAUCCGAACUUGACAGCUUGGAGAAACUGCUGGCCGAAGCCCACAUGGAAACUCAGGUACCUAAACAUAAAAUGUCAAAAACUGAAGAGGAUAGGCGCAUAGCGCAAAUAAAAAGCGAGAUAGACUCCGUCUCGAAAGAGGUUCGAAAUCUGGAAGAGAUUCGUGAUGCGUUACCGACACAGUGCUAUAAUUUGGUGAAACUAGAGCAAGAAGGCCAGAAGAAGUGA